AUGGAAGAGAAAGAUCAGCAUAGACUUGAUGGCCAGCUGUCCCCUGUUGGGGACAAUGAAAGAGGAGGCCGGCCAGCUUGCCUAAAGUCAACCACUCAAGAGUUCCUGUUCGUAUUUUCCACAACACUAGCACUUGCACAGGAAUCCUUUUUCGCUGGACUCAUUGUGGGUCUGACCGCCGUUAUUGGCCAUGAUCUGGGCAUGAAGAUUGCAGAAAUUACCUGGAUAAGUGCUGGUUGCUCUCUCACAAGUGGCGCCUUUCUCCUCGUGUUCGGCCGAAUCGCCGACGAUUAUGGCCGGAAAAAGCUUUUCGUUUUUGGCAUGGUGGGAUUCACCUUUGCAGUCUUGGCUGCCAGCUUUGCAUCCUCCCCAAUCUACCUGGAUGUCUUCUCGGGCGUCAUUGGGCUAUUCUCAGCCAGCGUUGUUCCACCGGCCAUUGGCAAACUUGGUGCUGUGUACACGGGCUCUUCUGUCCGCAAAAAUCGCGCCUUUGCAUGCUUCAGUGCCGGGAAUCCACUGGGGUACGUAGGAGGUAUGGUGAUAUCAGGCAUCGCAGCAGAUAUUUCCACCUGGCGGACGUCGUUCCGCGCCCUUGCCAUUCUCUAUGCAAUCUUCACUAUGGUGGGCGCCUGGGCCUUCCCGCCGGACGAGAGUACCGAUAUGCCUUUGGCUGUCGAGUCCCUGAGGAGGUUCGAUGUCAUGGGGACGGUAUUGAUCAUUGUCGGUUUUGCGUCACUGACUGCUUCUUUGUCACUGGCAGCUGAUGCUCCGCAAGGCUGGAGUACGGGAUAUGUAAUCGCACUGCUUUGCGUUGGGUCCACCCUGCUUGUUUGCUUCGUAUGGUGGGAGUCAAGAGCACAAUUCCCGCUAAUGCCGCUUGCUAUAUGGCAAAAUCGAACAUUUUCCGCGGUGAUUGCUGUUCAAUGCUUAGGGGAGAUCGGGUUCUCCUCCACUACAUUCUGGCUCUCUCUAUUGUUCCAGAAUGUCCGCAAAGAUUCCGCCAUUAAGAUCGCCCUUGAGCUGCUACCCAUGGUUAUUGGCGGCAUAGCGGUAAAUCUUGUCUGUGCUUUUAUUCUCCACAAGGUACGCAAUCAGGUCCUGAUGGGAGUUAGCGCUGUCGCAUACACAGCAGCCUUCCUCAUCCUGAGCUUUCUGAGAGAAGAGGCGCCGUACUGGGCGUUCAUCUUUCCCAGCCUGAUAUUGAUGGUCAUUGGCAUUGAUGUUCAGUAUAACGUAACAAAUAUGUACGUUAUGAACUCGCUUCCGGAGCAGCAGUCGGUUGCGGGAGGGAUAUUCAAUACUAUUACCAGGCUAUGUGGUAACCUAUCACUUGGGAUUUCAACCUCGAUAUACAUUUCCACCAAGGAAAGAAUGGACGACAUAGCCACCGAUGUAGUUCCUUAUCUUUUCACCUUUCGGUUCGCGGCGGUGGCAACUGGAAUAUCGCUCUUUCUUAUUCCAUUCGUGAAAAUUGGGACGCAGGGUGACCCACCAAUUAAGGAAGCUCAAAGUGCCGAAGGAUAA